AUGACAGCCUUCAGCCACACACAAAUAUUAGAUCUCUACUGGGCGAUGCUGUGACAGAACAAAUAUUUCAGUGUUAGUUAUACAACUUACGCUGUCAGGAGUAUAAAAGAUGCCUUCAGAGAAAAUAAAAAUGGAAAGGAUCCUGUAGAAAUUCAAACCCUAGUGAAGAAAGCUAAAAGAGACCUUGGAAUAAUUUACUGGCAGAUACACAUUAGCCAACUGUACUCAACUGACAAGCUCAUCACUGAGAAUCAAGAGAAGCCCAGGACCUAGGGGGCCUGGGGACUAGCCCCCACUGGCACCCAUGGACCACCUUCAGCAUCCAUUCUGCUCCUGUGAGAGGGGCUGCCAACAUACACAAAUGACCUCCUAUACCAGUUUAAAAUAGCCUG